AUGCUUAUAUUAGUGGGAAACGUGCAAGGGACAAUGAGUUCUCUUGCUUCACCAAUGAGUUUAGGGAGUUUCAUUGGUGGAAGUAGUUCACAUUCUGUUGUUAGAAGAGUUUCUCUUUCUAGAGGGAAUUGUGUUAGAGGUAAAAAAAGAUGGCAUUGUGUUUCUUUGUCUGUUUGUAGAUAUUCAGUUACCACAACUGAUUUUGUUGCUGACCAAGGGAAACCGGUUUCCUUUGAUUCUUCUAACAAUGAUGAUAGUGAUAAAGGUGGUGGAGCUAGUGCUAGUUUUGGACUUAAACCUUCUCCUAAGCCUGUGUUGAAGUCUUCUGAUAAUGACGCGGUUUUAGGACCGGGUUCGGGUUUAGGGGGUUCAUUGAGGAAUGGUCAGGGUUCUGAUGAUGUGGAUGAGAGGAAUAAGGUGAUUGAAUCACUUGGAGAUGUUUUGGAGAAGGCUGAAAAGCUUGGGAAUUCUAAGUUGGAUGGUGAAAGAAGUAAUGGUUCGGUAAAUAAACCACUAGCUAGACCUGAGAUAAAUGAUAAACCUAAGGAUGUUAAACCGGUAAUUUCGUUACAAAAACAUAAGUCUAAGACGUUGAAGAGUAUCUGGCGUAAAGGUGAUUCGGUUGCGAGUGUGCAUAAGGUUGUGAAGGAAGUUCCUAGGCCUAGUGUCAAGAGUAGUGAAGUGGGGGAACCUGUAAUAGGGGGAGGGGAGAAGGUAACAUCUGAGUCUCGUGAUCCUCAGCCUCCUUUAAGGCCUCAACCGACGUUACAUUCUAGGCCUUUGAUUGCCCCGCCUCCACCGCCGCCCGUUAAAAAAGCUGUUAUCUUGAAGGAUGAUAAAGGGCAAGGCGAAACACCUGUUACGCCUAAAGAAAAAAAGGGGCCUAUCUUGAUCGAUAAGUUUGCUUCAAAGAAACCGGCAGGUGACUCUACGGUGGCUCGAGCAGUUGUAGCGCCUUCGAAACCAGGGAAGGCCCCUCCCCAAGGAGGGUUUAAAGAUGAUUUCCGGAAGAAAGGGGCUUCGUUUGGGGCAGGACCAAGAAGACGAAUGGCAGUGAAUAAGGAUGGGACUCCUGACAAGGACACUCGUGGUGCUACAAGAAAAGGAAGGAGAUGGAAUAAAGCGAAUCGUAAGGCUUUACGGCUUCAGGCUGCCAGGGAUGCUGCUCCGGUUAAAGUUGAAAUUCUAGAGGUCAGUGACAAUGGGAUGCUGGUGGAGGAGUUGGCAUACAAUUUGGCAAUCACUGAAGGUGAAAUCCUCGGUUCUCUAUACUCCAAGGGGGUUAAACCAGAUGGGGUACAAACUCUAGACAAAGAUAUGGUGAAGAUGAUAUGUAAAGAAUAUGAAGUAGAAGUUAUCGAUGCCGAUCCUUUCAAAGUUGAAGGAUUAGUGAAGAGAAGGGAAAUUCUCGAGGAAGAUGACCUUGACAAACUCAAAGAUAGGCCUCCAGUUAUUACUAUCAUGGGCCAUGUUGAUCAUGGCAAGACAACGCUGUUGGAUUAUAUACGGAAGACCAAGGUAGCGGCUUCUGAAGCUGGUGGGAUCACACAGGGAAUAGGAGCAUAUAAAGUGCAAGUACCUUUUGAUGGCAAAACGUCGCCUUGUGUUUUUCUCGACACUCCUGGGCACGAGGCAUUUGGGGCAAUGAGAGCCCGUGGAGCAAGUGUAACAGACAUUGCUAUUAUUGUUGUCGCCGCUGAUGACGGUAUUCGUCCUCAAACAAAAGAAGCUAUAGCUCACGCCAAAGCAGCAGGAGUACCCUUAAUCAUUGCUAUAAACAAGAUAGAUAAAGAUGGAGCAAAUCCAGACCGAGUUAUGCAAGAGCUUUCUUCAAUUGGUUUGAUGCCAGAAGACUGGGGUGGCGACAUCCCGAUGGUUCAGAUAAGUGCUCUUCAAGGGGAGAACAUAGACGAUCUUUUGGAAACAGUUAUGCUUGUUGCCGAGUUGCAAGAACUGAAAGCUAAUCCUGAUAGAAGUGCGAAGGGCACAGUCAUUGAGGCAGGCUUGGAUAAAUCAAAAGGACCGUUCGCGACAUUUAUCGUGCAGAAUGGAACACUCAGAAGAAGUGAUGUAGUAGUCUGUGGAGGAGCUUUUGGAAAGGUAAGAGCUUUAUUCGACGAUGGUGGGAAGCGUGUCGAUGAAGCUACACCUUCUAUACCUAUCCAGGUUAUCGGAUUGAAUAAUGUUCCAGUUGCUGGUGAUGUAUUUGAGGUUGUUGAAUCCCUUGAUAUUGCACGUGAAAAGGCAGAGUCUCGUGUUAUAUCAUUGCGAGAUGAGCGUAUUUCAGCAAAGAUGGGAGAUGGCAAGGUCACUCUUUCUUCGUUAGCUUCUGCAGUUUCGUCAGGAAAGCUUUCUGGACUAGACUUGCACCAAUUGAAUGUUAUUUUGAAGGUUGAUCUUCAGGGAUCCAUUGAAGCCGUCAAACAAGCCCUGCAGGUGCUACCGCAAGAUAAUGUCACGCUGAAGUUUUUGAUGGAAACUACCGGUGAUGUAAGCACAAGUGAUGUUGACCUUGCCGCAGCAAGCAAAGCUAUUAUUUUUGGAUUUAAUGUCAAAGCACCAGGCUCUGUAAAAAGCUAUGCAGAUAACAAAGCUGUUGAGAUGCGAUUAUAUAAAGUUAUUUAUGAAUUAAUUGACGAUGUACGAAAAGCAAUGGAAGGACUCCUAGAUUCCGUUGAGGAUCAAGUAUCAAUUGGCUCAGCAGAAUUACGGGCUGUAUUCAGCAGUGGUAGUGGUCGUGUUGCUGGAUGCAUGGUUACAGAAGGAAAGGUUACAAAGGGUUGCGGCAUUCGAGUCAUUCGAAAGGGAAAAGUAGUUCAUGUUGGUAUUCUUGAUUCUUUGAGACGGGUGAAAGAGAUUGUUAAAGAGGUAAAUGCCGGUCUCGAGUGCGGGGUUGCGUUAGAAGACUACGAUGAGUGGGAAGAGGGUGAUAUUCUUGAAGCCUUCGACACAAUUGAGAAGAGGAGGACCCUUGAAGAAGCCUCAGCAUCAAUGGCAGCUGCAGUGGAAGGAGUAGGAGCUUAA